UACUACAGAAGCAGCAAGAAAAAAAUUUAUUUUGAUUAGACGACGGAACGUAUCAAAAAAAAAAAAAAGUUUGUAAUAAAAAGCAUAAAUAAACAAAAGUAUAUAAAAUUAAGAAAAAACAACAAAUUGUUUGUGUGGACGCAAUAAAAAAACUAACAAGAAAUUGAAGAAUUGAGGAAAUUAACAGAAAAGGCGACAAGCCUAAUGAAGAAAUAAAAUGUCAAAAGAAAAAUGAGAAAAAAGUGUGUAAAGUGAAAAAAAUUUAAGAAAAAAGGUGCUCCGCUGGCCAAAAAAUACACUAAAACUAAAAUAACCAAAAAAAAAACGCAGAAAAAAAAGAAAGAAACGAAUAAUGAAUGCCACAAACAAAAAGCAAACAUAAUAAAAUAUUAAUAAAGAAAUUUAUGAAAAAUACCAGAAAUUAUUAAAAAGUGAAUCCCAAAAAGAAAGACCUCCCCCGGUGUUAAUGAAAUUUUAAUAAACUACCGGGCUUUGGACUAAGUAAAGUAACAAUAAAAGUGCUUCCUUCUCUCGAGUUAAAGAGGGUACGAGUGUGUUGGAGUUUUUAUAUGAAAAAGACCGCUUGUUUUUUGUUCAAUUACUUUAAUAAUUUUCUAAGGACAUGGAAAGCAUUUGUAGAUUGUGUUUCCAACCAGCAGCGUUGUUUCAAGUACCCGGCUAUAAUAUACCCACCUGUGUAAAGUGUUCAGAACAUUUGACCAAUAGCGGUAAUGGCUUUUAUCAGGCAGUAGCUGCCACAGCUACUGGUCAACCGGCUUUGACAGCAACGGCGGCGGCAAAUGCUAAUAAUACAUCUAAUAACAACAACAACAAUAAUAACAAUACAACAACUAAUAAUACCAGCAAUACAGCGAAUAAUUUGAAUCAACAACAAAUGCCUCAACAACAGCUACAAAACUCCACCAAUUCGACCAAUAGUCUACAAUCGCAGGACGAUUCGGAAGAACAGAGAGUGCAACAAACACCACGCCGUCCGCGUAAAAACGGUGUUAAUAAAAUCCAACAAAUCACGAUGUCCUCCUAUGAAUUGGAGAAGACCAUACAACAUUUAGAUGUGGACUUAAUAUUCAAUGAAGAAGGCUCAUGUCCUUUAUGCAAUAAAACAUUUUCAAGGAAAUCCUCUUUGAUAACACACAUACGUAAUCAUGCAGCUGAAAGGAAAUUUGUGUGCAAUUAUUGUAAUAAAGGUUUUACUCAAGCGGCCAAUUUAAGAAAUCAUGAGCGCAUACACACAAAUGAUCGUCCUUAUGUAUGUGGAGAUUGUGGCAAAACAUUUACACAGAUAACAAAUCUUAAUAACCACAGGCGUUUGCAUACCGGUGAACGUCCUUUCGUUUGCAUUGAACCCGAAUGUGGUCGAUCAUUUGCCCAAGUAACCAAUCUUAAUAAUCAUAUGAAAACCCACCAUAAAGUGCAACAGUAUUGCUGCAAUCAAUGUCCGAAAAAAUUCACACAAGUCACCUCGCUCAAUCAACAUUUACAAGCUCAUGCCGGCAUAACCGGCUACUAUUGUCCACGGUGUCCGGAGAAGACAUUCAAACAGCAAUCCCAACUGCAUACUCAUAUGAAAUCGCAUGGUCUUCAAUAUCCCUUCGAAUGUUCGAAAUGUGAUGAGAAAUUUUUACAGCAGGCCCAUUUGGAACAGCAUUUAAAGAUGCACGAUGAGUUCAAAUACAAAUGCAAUAUUUGUCCUAGUUCAUUCAAUCAGGAAACACUACUUAAGAAGCAUGAACAACGUCAUUUAGAGGGCAGGUACCUCACUUGCCCUGUUGCAAACUGUAAUGAGGCGUUUGCUGUACGACAACAUCUCUCGAAACAUUUGUUAAAUAGUCAUUCGCAUACGGAAUUACCGCCUCCAAAACGCUCUAAGAAAUGUAUAACAUUACAACCGCCUCAACAGCCUGUCACUAUGGUUGGCCAACCAUUGUCUUUACAACAUGCUCCUCAACGUGGUCGCCCUCCUAAGAAUAAAAAUAAGGUAAAUUCUUUGAAUAUUCCAUCAUUGAUAAAAAUCGAAAUUAAUGAUGUUCUGAAUUAUAAUCAGCCAGUUAUAAAUAAUGUCAGUGGUCUAUCGAUACCACAACAAUUAAAUCAACAUCUACAACAACAGCAGCAGCAACAACAACAACAGCAACAACAACAGCAGCAACAACAACAGCAACAACAACAACAACAGCAGCAACAACAACAACAGUUACUACAACAGCAACAACAUCAAUUGAUAUUAGGUCAACAAGUUAAAGUCCGUUAUAUACCCAAUAAUCAAAUCAAAUAGAAAUCAAGAAAAAUGUAUUCAAAACUUAUGAUUUGUCAUAAUUUUUGAAUAUUUUUCUCUUUCUCUCUCUCUCUACUCUAUAACUCUCCAACACCACCACCACCACCAUUAAAUUUGUUUAUUUUUACCUUUUUAUCUGGCAAUUUUGUUUUUUUAAGAAA